AUGACCGGCCAAGCAAUUGAACAUGCCCCCAGCCUCCCUGUGCCAAAUCAACAAGUGCAUGCACCGGGCGUCUACUUGCUACACCCCCUGUCACGCCUCGGUACGGGUCCUGGUAUAAUUAUACUGACUUCUGGGAGAGACCUUGGAGGUGUGCGUCUAGACGAUGGAGUCCCCUCACCGUUUCUGAAAUGGGCUGAAGAAGGCUACGCGGUGGCGGCAGUAUGCUUAGGUGCCUUGGAGGGUGAACAAGAUGGCAUAUCCUGUGCCCUGGAAGCGUUGUCCGGUUGCAACAACUGCCAGCCCAAGGGGAAGGUUGGACUUAUUGCAUAUGACCCCGACGCAUGGCUGAAGGUCGCUGCAUCAGCGCACGCUCACCAGGAGGUUGUCGGAGUGGUGGUAUAUGGGAAUGUGGAUUCGCCGAUCCCCAAACCAGUCUUCCCAAUGCUUCAGCACUUGGCUGGAGCGUCCGCGACAGCAAAGAUAGUAUCCAAAACCGAGAACUGCCAGGCGUAUGGAUACGCAGCUGUCAGUACAUAUCAGUAUGCCACCCCUUUCCAGCCGGCGUUCGACUACACCGCCGAGUCAGUAUCACACACACGGAACCUAAGCUUCCUGAAACCUCUAAUGGGGGGCCCAUAUUUCGAUUUGGAAGCCAUCUGGGAAGAACAUACGUAUCAUGAGUUUGAGACGCGCUCUGUACCUCAUACGAUGGCGACCAUGGUGCAAGAGCCGUAUGUGAAUCAUAUUCCUACGUUAACGGGAGGAAUUGGAAGGGAUCGCCUCUCAUACUUCUACCAGAACCACUUUAUUUUCAAUAAUCCUGAAGACGCGGAACUUGAGCUUAUCAGUCGGACGGUGGGUAUUGAUCGUGUCAUUGAUGAGUUUAUAUACAAGUUCACGCACGACACCCAAAUUGACUGGCUGCUUCCUGGUAUCCCACCCACCGGUCGCAAACUAGAAAUACCGUUUACCGCAGUUGUGAACAUAAGGGGUGACCGGCUGUACCACGAGCACAUUGCAUGGGAUCAGCUCACUGCUCUGAUUCAGUUAGGACUCAUGCCAGAAUAUCUCCCUUGGACACACCCCGCGCCUACGGGUGUGCAUAUGGGCACCAAGACGAAGCUUGAGUAUCGAGUCCCAGGAGCUGGGCGCGACACAGCGAAGAAGAUGAGGGAUAGGAAUUCUGUGGAAUCAAAUGGAAUGUUUGGGCACUCAAUUCGGGAAGUGGACACUGUUCAACCGGCGGUGUUCCCGAAACUUGCUUGA